GAAAGAGUGAAGAAGUAAAAUCCAGGAAAGAUGAACUCCGGAGAUGGCUGUGGAGCGAAUCGCGAGCUGCCGUCAACGUCGAAACGGCAAUCCGAAGAUUCGGAGAAAGAACCUCCCAGGAAAAGAGUGGAAGCUUGUCACGAUGCAUCUGGGGAAAUGAAACUCCACCGCGCCGUCCGAUGCAGUGACCGGUGCGCAACUCUGGCAAUCUCAACGGCUGAACCGAAAGACCUUGGCAUGCAAGAUGAGCGAGGGCGGACCGCCUUGCAUGAGGCCGUCUGGUGUGGAUCUACAGAAGUUGUGAAAAUGUUGCUGGCAGCUUGGUCCAGCAGCCACCUCGGAGCCACACACCCUCUUCUCGAGAUACAGGACGAUGAAGGAAACACCGCCUUACAUUUGGCUGUGUAUUGUGGGCCCCUCGAAAUGGUCGAAGUGUUGCUCGCCGCUCGCACUGACAUUAAUCCAAGAGACGCCAACGGACGAAAGCCCCUCGUAGACAUACAGAACGAAUGCGGGAGGACGGCCUUGCACGAGGCGGCAUGUGGGUAUUCCACAGAGAUGGUGGCAAUGCUGCUGGCUGCAGGGGCUAAUACGCAUCUGCAGGACAAGUGGGGCCAGACUGCGCUUCACGUCGCCAUCAGCUCACAAAACUUCUGUCUUCGGGACCUCUUUCGGAAAACUCUUCGUUCGGGAAAGGAAUCGACUUCGAAUGCGGCGGAACGGGAAGGAAUUGCUCUCUCGGCGAGCGAGGAGGACCUGGUCGACGCACGGGACAAAUACGGAAUGACUGCCCUACACCAUGCUGCAAAAUAUGGCUUCACAGAGAUUGUUGAACUGCUGCUCGCAGCAGGGACAGAUCCCCUUCUUCAGACUAAAGAAGGCAAAACGGCGCUCCACGUGGCUAUCGAUUGUUACCGGGAGGACAUUGCGGAAAUCUUAUGUGGCGCUGAGGAUGGAAACCACCUGCAGGAUAAAUACGGAAGGACCGCCUUGCAUUACGCUGCGAGUAGAAAAUCCAAACGUACUGUGAGAAACCUGUUGUUUAACGGCGAGCAUCCUCACACGAUAGAUAAGGGAGGAAGUUCUCCUCUGCAGUUGGCCUUCGUAGACAGCGGGGACAAUAGCGUGGCUGAGAUGAUCAUUUCUUUUAUUGCCUUGAAGGACAUUUCGGUGGAUUGGAAGGGUUGGAAUGCCCGUAGAGUCGAGAUCUGCAAGAAACGAAUGGAAGAAUGUGUUUCUGAGAUCCGGCGAAUGAAAGAGACGAAAGUGCUCAGUCGCAAUAUCACCUAUUACGAUGUCGCGGCGAGGCAUGUGGGAAGGCAUGUUAUUUCGCAAGCUUCCAGUGAAAACAGUGCUCAGCUCGCAAAGUCCGUGAAUGUAUUGAAUGCAAUCCAGUGGAUCACUAAAGCGGUUUCCUCAAUAUCCAAAAGUUGCGUUCAGAACUGUUUUAAAAAAGCAGGCUUUAAAAUCCAAGGUGUAAUAGUCAAUGAAAGUAACAACGAAGAAAAUGAACUCUCCGAACUUGCUCGAGUCACUGGCUGUGAUAUUCCGAUUAACGAUUAUAUAGCGAUAGAUGAAAAUUUAUGCACUGAUGACACCAAUGAGGAUAUCACUGCUUUCAUCUCUGAGAAAAUUGAAGAUGCAGGAGGAAGUCUUCCAGAAGAUCUUGAAAGUAGUGAGGAAGAAGAAGAGCCAGAAGAAGAUUGCAAAAUCAAAAAUUAUA